UUGGCCAGAAAGGUGAUGAAGGCCCAAGGGGUUUCCAUGGUCCUCCUGGUCCAGUUGGUCUUCAGGGGUUACCUGGUCCACCAGGUGAGAAAGGUGAAACUGGUGAUGUGGGACCAAUGGGUCCCCCUGGGCCCCCAGGACCCCGCGGCCCAUCUGGUGCUCCAGGGGCAGAUGGUCCCCAAGGUCCUGCAGGAGGCAUUGGUAACCCAGGCGCCGUGGGCCAGAAGGGUGACACUGGAGAGGCGGGAGCACCAGGACCUCCAGGAUAUUUGGGAAUGCCAGGUCCUAAAGGGGAACGGGGUGAGAAAGGUGAAUCUGGACCAUCAGGUGCUGCUGGACCUCCAGGUCCGAAAGGUCCUCCUGGGGACGAUGGUCCAAAAGGAAGUCCCGGACCAGUUGGUUUCCCUGGCGACCCCGGUCCCCCUGGUGAAGCAGGCCCUCCGGGCCAAGAUGGACCUUCAGGUGACAAGGGAGAAGAUGGUGAACCAGGGCAGAUUGGCUCCCCUGGUCCAACUGGUGAAGCAGGACCACCCGGUCCUCCAGGAAAGAGGGGUCCACAUGGUCCUGCAGGUCCUGAGGGGAGACAAGGAGAGAAAGGAGCGAAGGGUGACCCUGGUGCUGAAGGUCCUGCGGGUAAGACUGGCCCAGUCGGUCCACAAGGAUCUCCAGGUAAACCGGGUUCGGAGGGGCUGCGAGGGAUUCCAGGUCCUGUGGGUGAGCAAGGUUUACCAGGCCCCCCUGGUCCAACGGGACCACCAGGCCCAAUGGGUCCUCCCGGAUUGCCAGGCCUCAAAGGCGACCCUGGUACAAAGGGUGAGAAGGGACAUCCUGGUUUGAUUGGUUUGAUUGGGCCUCCAGGAGAACAGGGUGAGAAAGGUGACCGAGGCAUUCCAGGACCUCAGGGACCACAAGGUCCUAAAGGAGAAAUGGGUGUCCAUGGUCAAGCUGGUCCGAUUGGUCCUCCUGGUCCUCCUGGAUUAACUGGUCCACCUGGUCCUAAAGGUUCUAAAGGUUCCAGUGGGCUGACAGGUCCUAAAGGUGAAUCCGGAAUACAGGGACCACCAGGACCACCUGGUCCUGCUGGUGAAGUCAUUCAGCCAUUCCCAAUUCAUUCCUCGCAAAGAGCCAAGCGUUCCAUCGAUGCCAGUCAGCUGCUGGAGGAGGGCCUUCCUGACAAUUACCUGAACUACGCAGAUGGAAUGGAAGAGAUCUUUGGCUCCCUGAACUCCCUGAAACUGGAAAUUGAACAGAUGAAACAUCCAAUGGGCACACAAACCAACCCUGCACGUACCUGCAAGGACCUGUUCCUGUGCCACCCUGACUUCCCAGAUGGGGGCGGCUUUGGAGCUGCCGGAUUGGACUGUGUUCCAGGGGCGGGGCCGGGAGCGGUGGGCGGGGUCACGGCCAGGUGUGGGCGGGGCCGGCACCGCCCCCUGGCUGCAGUCAGUCGGAUGCAGGCGGUGGUUGUCGGUCGCUCAGCUCGGUGCUCCCUGUCGCUGCUGCAGCAUGUCCCGGUGCCAGUGGCGGCCGUGCCCCCCGCCGCGGUGAUGUCGGUUCCCUGCUGCCUUUCCCCGCUAUGA